GCUGUGACAAGAAGCAGAAUAAAGAAGAAUGUGAAUCCCCCAAAGUUGAAGUAAGUUGCUGCAAGGAUGAAAAAGAAACUUUGUUGAUGUCAGAACCGAGGGAAGAAAAGGGCCAAGCAACUUGCUGUUCUAACAAGAAUAACAAAUGCUGUGAAAAGAAGCAAAAUAAAGCAGAAUGUGGAUCUACCAAAGCUGAAGUAAGUUGCUGCAAGGAUGAAGAAGAAACUGUGUUAUUUCUCGAACCGAGUGGAGAAAAGAGCCGAUCAACCUGCUGUACUGAUAACGAUGACAAAUGCUGUGAAAAGGAAGACGAAGGGGAAUGUGGAUCUACCAAAGUUGAAGCAAGUUGCUGCAAGGAUGAAGAAGGAACUUUGUUGCUUACACAAUCGAGUGAAGAGCAACCGGCUUCUCAAAGUUCUAGCUCAGCAGUAAAAGCCAAGGGAACCCUUCCUCCACGACACACCACCAAACUACGCGUACAAAACAUCUGUUGCGGUUUGGAGGCUGAACUGGUUCAAGAAUGCCUAAAGCCCUUGCAAGGGGUCGAAAAUGUUGCCAUUGACGUCAUUGGACGAGUCGUGCUCGUACGUCAUGACCCCGAUGUGACGUCAUCCACUGAACUCGUUGAGAGCCUGAACCGAGUUCACCUUGGAGCAUCCGUGAUGGAAAUGGGUGCGCAUCACGAUAAAGAUCACGACAAAAUCCCCUUGCUUCUCAAAAUUGGCUUUAUCUAUGUAUUUCUACAAACUUGUCUUUUUAUUACCGCUGUUACGGGAUUUUUUCUCAAACAGCCAUGGUAUAUGUAGGUCGCUAUCGCUGAGAUUAUCUUUGGAGGUGCUCCUAUAAUGAAACGCUCGUUCUUUGCUGUCAUAAAACGAAAAAUCGACAUAAAUAUUCUAAUGAUAGUCGCUAUGAUAGGAACAAUGACUCUUAGUAAAUGGAUAGAAGGAGUUACUGUAGUCUACGCCUUUACCUUUGCCCAUGCUCUACAAGAAUUCUGCAUGUUUCGAGUACAGCGGACUAUCUCCAGGCUCAUGCUCAAAAGACCAGAAGUCGCGGUGCUGGUCGAAACGGGAAAAAGUGUACCCAUUGAAAGUGUUGCUAUAGGAACACUGAUAGCAGUAAGGCCAGGAGAACUCAUACCUCUUGAUGGAGUGGUAGUCAAGGGGAAAGCGGCGGUCGACGAAAGCUCAAUCACUGGAGAGUCUUUACCCGUAGAAAAAACGAUUUCAUCUGAGGUCUACAGCGGUACAGUCAACCAAAAUGGCUACAUUGAAGUUGAAACUACUUCAGAUUCUUCCACUUCGACUGUUUGGAAAAUUGCGCAGAUGGUUCAAGAAGCACAAUCAAGCUCUACAAAAAUAGAAGCGACCAUUAAUCGUUUUGCCAAAUACUAUACACCACUCGUCGUGGUGGUUGCUGCUCUAGUAGUUGUCGUACCCGCUAUUUUGGGUGCUGCAGGUGUUGGCAAUUAUUUAGAGGAAAUCCGAGAAUGGGGCCGGAGGGCGUUGGUCAUGUUAAUCAUCGCCUGCCCCUGCGCUCUGGUCAUGUCCACCCCGAUUGCUGUCGUAUGUAGCAUUACUGCGGCUGCGCGGAAAGGAGCGCUGAUAAAAGGAGGUGAACACCUGGAGACGUUGUCCAAGAUUGAGGUACUUGCGUUCGACAAAACUGGAACAUUGACAGAAGGGAAAUUUCAGGUGAUGAAUAUGGAAUGCACUUAUGGCGAGAAUGAGAGGGAUGUCCUACGCUUAGCAGCGGGGUUGGAGAGCAAAUCUGUGCAUCCUAUUUCCGCGGCAAUAGUCAACAAAUUCUCGGGAUGCGUCACAGAGAUGGUUAGGAAUCAGGUCAUUACUCUGCCCAAAGUUACACAAUUCAAGAUGUACGAAGGAAAAGGAAUAUCAGGGCUUAUUGAAGGUAAACUUGUCCGCGUUGUUAAUAAGGAAAURGUUGAUCAAUGCGGGGCAUCUCUAACUGAAGCAAUGGCGGAGAAGUAUGAGCUGUGGUAGCAGAGUAAGACUGUGGUGUUCGUUUGUGUCAAUGAAAGAUUGUCCCUCAUGAUAGCUCUAGCUGACGCCAUACGCCCCAACACGUCGACCAGCCUCGAUUGGCUGAGGAACAUCGGUGUCCAGACCUCCAUGAUCACUGGAGACAACUCACGGACAGCAGAGGCCGUGAGCAGGAACCUUGGACUAGAUGAAUGCGUCUCUGAGAUGAAACCCCAUGUCAAACUUGAAUGGAUUCAAGAAAAGCAAAACAGUAAGAUGGCGUUAGGCUACAAUGUCUCACGUAAUAAAUGGCAACGAUCAAGUGUUCAACAAUUGAUGGUGGGGAUGGUUGGCGAUGGAGUCAACGAUGGCCCUGCUCUGGCCGCGGCGAAUGUUGGGAUGGCUAUGGGUGCAGGGGGCACUGCCCUAGCUGUGGAGGCUGCAGACGUGGCAUUGAUGAGUAACGACCUUGAAAAGAUCCCUGAGCUGAUCUGUCUAGCUAAGUUCUGCAGUCUGAUUGUGAAGCAAAAUAUCGUGUUCUCUGUACUCUUGAAAAUAACUACCGUAAUAGUUGCUCUGUGUGGAUACCUUGAUCUGUGGAUGGCUGUAGUAGCCGACGUGUUGGGGUUGUUAUUUGUCAUUAUCAAUGGACUGCGUCCUCUGAUAUGGAAGGCGUCCAAGAAACACACCAAGGGCAACAAGGAUAUCGAAGUCAAUGGAAAAAAGCAUCGGUUUUCAUACUACGAAAAAAGUAUCAAAAUCCCGAUUCCUAAUCUUGAAAGGAUAAAGAAAUCUUGGAGAGUUGACUUUCCUCAGUAUGGACAUGCUAAACGAGCGCGAGCAUCUUCGACUCCAUAGUAUGGAAACUGCUUUUCAGACUUUUUUCAAUAUCUUGAAUCUUAAGAAAAAAAACUUUAUCGAUUGAACCGUGAAACCACAAAACUCUGAGGUAUCUAAGUUAGGGCAUGACUAAUUCACUGAUUGAAUCAACAAACCUGUUGUAGGUUGAUCUAAGUCAGGGCACUGCUAACUCACAGCAGAUAGAAUACGAAUUUAGGUUUAUCGAAUCGGAGGGAGCCCGGAGAAACCCUUAGAAUCGAGGGAAAGGCCAAACAAAUAUAUUUGUUCAUAGAAUUUUUUUGGCUGUUUCUGUUUUGCAGAGGUAGUAAAACCGUAGACUCUACGAAAAACCCUCGCUCAGUGAAAUGAAAGAAGGCUUGGAAUCGAACCCGGAUAAGACACCAAAGAGGAUUUUGUUAAUGUAAUACUUCUUCGUCACCAUAUAUUCGAAAUUAUAUAAAAGCCAAAGAAAACUAGAAUUGCCCUAUUUCACUAUGACGUCACAUUAAAACAAUCUUCAACAAUCUAUUG